CAUAGCUAUUUACCCGAGUUCUUUUCCUCCAAGGACGAAAACCCUUAGUUUCCCGUUAAGCUUUCUUCAACAUUCAAUCAACAGCAGACGUUUCCUCCAUCCCAGGUCUCAACUGCAGUCUAUAUUCUCCUUGUGUGGUCAUGAUGCGUUACUGGGGUGAGAUCCCGGGGCCUGCGGGGGCUCCUCCCAGUCGCAGUUCCUUUGACUUGCUCCAGCGUGAGUUUCGAUCCGUGGAGAUGCAGGACCCUCCCUUGCACCAGCCCUCUGCACAGCGGCCACGGCCCACCACAAUGCUUGAUAUCCCCUCUGAGCCGUGCAGCCUCACCAUCCACACAGUGCAGCUGUGCCAGCACGUUCGCCGUCUCCGAGGUCUUCUGGCAGCAGCCCAAGCCCAAUCUCAGGGUCAGAGCUCAACAUCCUCCGAGGGUGGCAGCAAGCUGGACGAGGCUGAUACCAACCUGCCGUUAUGCCCUCCCACCCCACCUGUUAUGCCAGAUGACCUGCUACCUGUGGAUAGCAAAGCCCCCCGACAGCCCUUUCAGCUCCGCCACAGCGACCCUGAAAGUGACUUUUACAAAGGUAAAGGCGAACAGGUCACAGAACUGAGUUGGCCCUCCUGUAGGCAGCUACUGUAUCAGUCUGUAGCGACUGUCCUGGCCCAUGCUGGCUUCGAAUCUGCUCAGGAAAGCGUCCUGGAGACGCUCACGGAUCUGGUCCACGAGCAUUACCUGCGUCUAACCCGCCUGCUGCGGGUGGCAGUGGACAGGGAGGCUCGACUUGGAGCCAGUCCCUUCCCAGAUGUGGUGGAGCAGGUGUUCCAUGAGGUGGGAAUUGGCAGCGUCCUGACCUUGCAGCGAUUCUGGCAAGUGAGGAUCAAGGACUAUCACAGCUACAUGCUGCAGCUCAGUAAGGAUCUAUCAGAGGAAUACGAGCGACUGGUAAAUCCAGAGAAAGCUCUUGAGGACUCAAAGUCCCCGAAGAUCAAGGUGGAGGCCAUGAAUGACAUUCCCUUCCCUGUUAGUGAGGAGCCUGAGGCUGACUUGGCCUCCGGGGACCAGGCUUUGCCAAUGGGGGUCCUUGGUGCCAAUGCUGAGAGGCUGGCUUCAGGGCUGGAUGGAGAUCAUUCUCCUCAUACCUCAGGUGGAGGUGUGGCAAACAACUCCCCUCUGUGGCCUCAGGUAAAAGUGGAGCCACAGGACGGCGAGGAAGGCCAAGCUUCGGCUCACCAUCAUCAUCACCACCACCACCACGGGGUCCUGGGCGGAGAUGUGUUUGAGGACGGUGGGCCCAUGUCCACCAUGAGUGAGUCAGGAGGAGUAAUGGGGCCCUCACCCGGAGGGGUGGGAUCUGAUGGAAGCUAUGCUUCCCAUUCGCCCGACUCCAUGAUGGUUGACGAUUUUGACCAGAGACCCAAGAAACGGACAAAGAAGAUGUGAGGCUGUUUUGGCAGAGAAAUUGACUCUGAGCCAAAGUGCUGAAACACACCAGUGUUAAUCUGACAAGAGCGCUGAACUCAUGGUGGAAGGCGGGGCUUUUGUAGUUCUUUGUUUUUACUAAAUAUAUUAAUGGAGUUAAUCACCAAAAGAAUAAACAUCUUCUGGGGAACCAGCUGCA